GAACUAAUUUGCCAAAAGAAGUAAUGGGUUAUCCUGAUUAUCAAAUUGACAUUGAUACACCAAAAAGUUAUUUAACUCGUACAGAAAUAUUAACGUUUUUAAACAACUAUUGUAAGGAUUUUAAUCUUCGUCAAUACAUCAAGUUUUUGCACAAUGUGAUGAUGAUUGAACCAAGUGAUGAUGAAAGUAAAAAAAAAUGGUUAAUUAAAGUUAAAAAUUUGGCUGAUGGAGUUGAGAAAAAUGAAUAUUUUGAUGCUGUUAUGAUAUGCAAUGGUCAUUACUUUGAGCCAAGUGUGUCAAUAAUUGAUGGACAAGAUAAAUUUCAAGGACAACAAUUACACAGUCAUGAUUAUCGUGUGCCAGAAAAAUUUGAAGGUAAAACAGUUGUUGUCAUUGGAGCUGGACCAUCAGGAAUGGAUUUAGCACUUGAAAUUUCAAGUAAAGCUAAAAAAGUAUUUUUGAGUCAUCACAACAGAGAUCCAAUACAUACAAUUUUUCCAGAACAUGUUAUUCAAGUACCAGAUGUUAAAAAAUUUAAUGAAAAUGAAGCUGUAUUUACUGAUGGUCGUCGAGAAAAAAUUGAUGUUAUAUUUUAUUGUACUGGAUACAAAUAUAGUUUCCCAUUUUUAUCAAGUAAAUGUGGUGUCAAAGUAGAUGACAACAUGGUAACACCACUAUGGAAACAUUUAUUGUCAAUUGAAAAUCCAACACUGGCAUUUGUUGGUUUGCCAUUUUACGUAUGUGCCUUCAGUAUGUUUGACUUACAAGUAAGAUUUGUUUUUAAAUAUUGGCUUGGUGAUAAGCAACUUCCAGCCAAAGACAUCAUGCUAUCAGAAGAAGCUAAUGAACUUGAAAGAAAAAAAUUACAAGGCCUUGGUAAACGACACUUUCAUAUGAUGGGCCCAGAACAAGGUGAUUACUAUGAUGAUUUAUCAAAUACUGCUGGACUCGAACAUCUUCCUCCAGUUUUAACAAAAUUACACAAUGAAAGCAGUAUGAGAUUUUUGGAUGAUUUAGUUCACUAUCGUGAGGAUCGUUACAAAAUAAUUGAUGAUUUUAAUUAUGUUAAAUUAUAAAUGUAAAUUAAAAAACAUUUUUAUCAUUUCCAUUAAUUAUUUUAAACAAUUUUGUCAAUUUAUCAGGUCAAAUGUCCAAUAAAAUGUUGAAAUUAUAUUUUUCCAGACAGUGAUAUUAAAAAAAAUAAUUAAAAAA